AAAAAGCUUUCUUCUUCUUUCUUUGGCCUAAAAUGCACACCCCUUUCCUUUCUGCUAAUGCAGGGUCUGUCCCUGCUCUGAGAGCUGAUUUAAACACGCCCAGGCCAGGACCCCACCCCCAUUAACCUGAGUUCGUUGAGCCUCCUACACGCCAGGUGCAGGGUGACAAAAAGGAACAAGCUGUCUAGUUCCAGAGAAGGUCCACAGAACACCGAAUGGCCAGCCGCACCGCAAGGACUGGAGUGCUGAUGGGAUGGCAUUGGUUUCCUGAGGGUGGGGACAGACCUGAGUGGCCAGGAGAAGGUUGGGGUGGAGGGGCUGCUCUUUAGCAGAUGUGGGGACCACACUGGGCUCCAGACUGAGAGGGAAUGCAGCUAUAGGGCGAGCUGCUACUGUGCCCAGCCAGAGAGGCCUUUGAGCCCUUUCACACACUAUGCACUUUUUUUUUAGUUCGGAAAGCAAGAGGGUCCAGAGACUAGGCAUUUCUAACUGCCACUCGUUUGUUUUGUCACACUUCUGCCCUUGCUUGUCUUCCUGUAAAAGGCGGUGAAGUCUGUCACACCCCCACCAUGAGACUGGGGAGGGAGUCCGUGUGAGAGGCUGGAUGCUAAGGUGCUGUGUGCGCCAGGGGCCUCGCACAGGUGUGGGCAUAGAGGGGUGUGUGUUUCCAUUUGUCCUUGCUUCUCCUUGUGUCUUGUGCACCCACCCUGGAAAGCUCACUCCCUUAAGUGUGGUUGCCCACUGACUCUGUGGACCCUCUCUUUAGCCCACAUAGCUUGUUCCUCAGACAUCUUGUACCUAUAGUCUGGGCCAGUGACUGAGUGUCACAGGCAGCAACCUCUGUGGUUAUCUCCUGUGGAUUCACUAGGUCAACGGUCACAAUACCCUCCUGUGUGUCGUAGGAGGUCUGAGGACGCCUGUGUCCUGAGGUGUGGGUGUGGGUGUGGGUCAUGAUAGGCUGGGAGCUGGGAUUUGAAGUAUAGCAAGAGCAGCUCACUCCAUCUACCAACCAAAACACUCUGAAGAUUGUGCACUUGCCUUGAGCAUGGUUGGAUGAUGAUGAUGAGCGUAGGGAAAGAUGUGGUGGCAAAGUUGAAUGACAGAGCACCUUUCAAUAUAUGACAAAGUUUCCUAUGGGGCAUUCAGAUGAGUUGGACAUCCUACUGGUCUGACAAUGGCAUUUCUCUUGGGUAAGUGCAGUCUUAACUCUCUCUUAUGUGGGCAUCUUCUUGGCUGCCUGCUUGAUUGGCCCUGUGUGCCAGUGGUGCAUGCUCUACUGGGUGCAGCCCAUUCUGGCUAUGGGUGUGUCCAGCAUUGAGCAUGGCUGCCUGGUCCUCAUCUUUCAGCAGGGUGGCCUCGGAACCUUGAUGUGCUGUCAAGGCUCUUCCCUGGUACAUCUGCCCAUGUCUUUUCAGCUCAGUUUGUAAAGGUCUUCAGACCAAGAACAGUGACUUCUGUCCCAAAGCCUCAAGAUAUCAUCCUGCUCAGACACAUCUAUCUUGGGUCCUCUGCAAGAGGACCUGACCAUCGAAGGGUCGUCUUCUGCUGCUGACCCCCAUCAAAUCCCAUCAUGCCCACAGCCCUGUGCCCCCGAGUCUUGGCUCCGAAGGAAAGUGAGGAGCCCAGGAAAAUGAGGAGCCCACCUGGAGAAAAACCUAGCCCCCAAGGAGAGCUCCCCAGCCCAGAGUCCUCCCGUCGCCUUUUCCGCCGUUUUCGCUACCAGGAGGCGGCAGGUCCUCGCGAGGCCCUGCACCGCCUCUGGGACCUGUGCCGAGGCUGGCUGCGGCCUGAGAGGCACACCAAGGAGCAGAUCCUGGAACUUCUGGUGCUGGAGCAGUUUCUGGCCAUCCUGCCCCGGGAGAUCCAGAGCUGGGUGCGGGCCCAGGAGCCUGAGAAUGGUGAGCAGGCUGUGGCCGCAGUGGAGACACUGGAGCGAGAGCCCGGGAGACCCUGGCAGUGGCUCAAGCACUGUGAAGACCCUGUGGUGAUCGAUGAUGGGGAUGGCCAUGCAGAUCAAGAGCAGGAUCGACUACCCACAGAGUCCCAAGAUGACCUUGCAAAGAGCCAGGAGGCCCAUCCCAUGGCCCUGGCAGAAAAUGCAGGGUUCCCAAGCCAAUCGCCAGGGCAGCUCAGCGGGGACCCAGUUUCCCAAGAUCUCUCCCUUCUUCAAGAAGAGAGCGUGAGUGACACACAAGUGACCAGCUUCCAGCUGCCUCAGAGCCGGGUUUCUCCAUUCAAGGACGUGAUCUUCUGCUUCUCUGAAGAGGACUGGUCUCUUCUAGAUCCAGCCCAAACUGGCUUCUAUGGAGAAUUCAUUAUAGGGGAGGAUUGUGGGGUCUCACUGCCUCCAAAUGACCCAGCCGCCCAGCCCAGUCUCUUCCAGGGGGAGGAGAACGAACCCCGAGUUCCAGAGCUUCAGGACCUCCAAGGAAAAGACUUGCCCCAAGUGUCCUACCUGGACUUUCAGGGUCUCCAGUCGUUCCAGGUAGAAGAAAGAAGGAAAAAUGAGCUGCAGGUACCAGAAUUCCAGGCCUGCCAACAAGGAGCGCUUUAUCAAAGCACCAGCGCAGCAGGUGGCAGUGUGCUGUCCCCAGAGAACGGCCUCGAUGAGGAGGUGUCCAUCGAGAUUGUCCUGUCCAGCUCAGGCGAGGAGGAGCCCCCGCACAGCCCAUACUGCCCCGACGAGCUGCGGGGUGCCACCGAGAAGCAACACGUCCUCCCCACCACCCACCGCAGCAGCUCCGUGGGCUUCACAGAUAUGGGAGAUGAGGUGCAGGCCUCCUCCAAGAAGUCCUAUGUCUGCCCCAACUGUGGGAAGAUCUUCCGCUGGAGAGUAAACUUCAUCCGGCACCUUCGGAGCCGCAAGGAGCAGGAGCAAGCGCACGAAUGCUCCGUCUGCGGUGAGGUGUUCAGCGACAGUGAGGACCUGGACGGGCACCUGGAGACCCACGAGACCCAGAAACCUUACACUUGCAAAGCCUGCGGGAAGAGCUUCCGCCUCAACUCCCACCUGCUCUCCCACAUGCGCAUACACCUGCAGCCAGACAGACUUGAGCCCACGGAGGAGAAAGCGCCAGGGCCGUCGGAACAAAAGGGCAGCAGCCCCAACUCCCUGCUGGAAAAGAGCAAGGGCAAGUUGAGCUUCAAGUGCUGUGACUGUGGGAAGGCUUUCCAGCGACACGAUCACCUGGUCCGGCACAAGAGCAGCAGCCACACCGAGGACAAGGCCAGAACCUUUCAGUGUCGCUAUUGCGUCAAACGUUUCCUGCAAAACUACGACCUCAUCCGCCACGAGCGGUUGCACAUGAAGAGGCGCUCUAAGCAAGCUUUGAACUCCUACUGAUUCUUCCCUCGGAUUCCUCCUUCGGUGCAUCCCCUCCCCGUCUGUCCUGCUCCAGACAGCACAUCCCACUCACUCACAGUGGUACUGACUCGCCCCUUGCCCCCACGACACACCUCCCCAAGGAUGGAGAUCACCUCAUGCCCUUGCUCUCAGGUAGUGUCCACCUUUUGCCUGAUGCCGCCACAGUCUCCCAAGUAAUGGGAGAGUAGCCGGCUGAGUAUGUGUUCUGCCUCUGGUGCCAGAAAGCAAGGAAGGCGUGCCACCAUCAGCUUCACUGACAAAGUGGCUGAACAAGCCCAGUGUUAACUAGCCAGUCUUACAGAUCCCAUCCAGUGCACAGAGCUAGUGGGGUGCACUGGGCAGGCUCCCUUCAUAAUGACCUCCCCUGCCAUGCCAACCCCUCACCCCCCGAUGCCUGUCCUUUGCCAGCUCACUCUUGAUACACUACCUCCCAUCAUCCUUUGUCUGAACCCCCCCAGAUCCUGAGGUUCUGAGGGUGGCUAUAACUUUGUAUUUGACAUUGAAAAGCUGUCUGCUGGGUAGUGGGUUAGAAAGAAGGCAGUACUUCAUGCGGAGGAGAGACUGGAAGGAGACAGGGCGAGGUGAGCAGUGUCUUCUGUAGUCUAAGCUCCAGGAGGAGACUGAUCCUUUGUGCCCUGUGUGCACCAUCCCACGCAAACACCCCCACAGACCUCACAGUUGUCAGGUGGUCUUUGCGGCUGGCAGGCCUUAGUCGUGGGCACUAGAGCCUCUUGCAGAAUAGAACCCAUAGAGCCCUUAUGACCUUAUGAUUUGUCCUGACAGCCGGUUCAUACGGAUCAUAAGGUCCUCAAGGAUGAAGCCCACAUUUUAAACUUUAUGUAGCACACCUUCCCCAAAAUGCCUAUUAUCUGAAACCCACCUCUACCCCCACCCCCACCCCCAGAAGAAGAAACAACUCACUGCCACUGUGUCCAUUCUGACUCAUAGUGACCCUCCUGGCGGACGGACAGAGUAGCAAGAACAGCCCCUUUGGAUUUCUGAGGCUGGGAAUCAUUUGGGAGUAGACCUUGCUGUUAGCAGCCCAAUGUGUAACUCACUACACUACCACGUCUCCUGAAUCCCACAAGCCCUUGGUAAAUGUUUGGGGAAUGGGAAUCAAGCUGUGCUGUCAUCAUUUGAAGGUACUUAAGAUCCUCCAUUUCCUUUCACUCUGUCCUAAGAAUCAGCUAUUACUGAGGGGGUCUUUGGUCAGGAUGAGCUGAGCAGUUCUCCCCAAAGAGGAGAAAAUGUCAUGGGAGUCCGAUUUUACUUACCUGGGUAGUAACAACCCGCUGCAUCCCUGAUAACAAUCCUUAUCCCUGAUUCAUCGUCAGUAGCUGGUUAUCCCAUGACUGCUUUCCAACCCUGGAUUAUAGCUCUUAUAUCUGCUUGCAGGGCCAAUGUCCUCGGCAGACAGGAAUUUGUUUAUUGUUUUUGAGAAUAUACACAGCAAAACACCAAUGAACUGUUUCCACAUUGACAGUUGUUUAGUGACACAGAUUACACUCAGGUUGGGCAACCCUUCUCACCCUUAUUUUCUAAGUCGUUCCUCCCCAGUUGACAUGAACUUAGCCCUCCCUGAGGUUCCUCUCCACUCUAUGGUUGCUGUUGUCACUCGAUCCCAUAUAGAUAGUUCUUAAAGAGAACACAGUGCUUACACCCUGCGUGGACAAAUCGUAACUAUUAGCCUUUAAAGUUGUGGACGGGGAGUGACCAUUUACAGUGAAACUUUGAGCAGUCAUGCCACCUCGUUUAAGACAUUGCCUUACUGUUUCCUAGGGGAGUUCCUGUUUGAUGGAAAUGUUAAGUGCUUGACAGUUACUAGCUGGAAGGUUAGUAGUUCUAACUCAUCCAGAAGCCCCUUGGAAGAUAGGCCUUGUUGCCUGCUUCUAAAAUGGAACAGUUUUGAAAACCCUUUGGAGCACAGUACAAUGUAUACCUGAGGUCCCCUUGAGUUAGAAUCGGCUCGAUGGCAAGUGACAAUGUUCCUGAGAGUGAAUCUACUGAGCUAGGGUCGGGGAUGAAAAAGCAUCUGGGUUGUAGUAUGGUAGCUGUAGCUGGAUUUGAACGCCAGUAACUAAGCAAGGACUUUUGUAUUAUUUGUGUAUCAAAUCUUUUCCUUGAAGAGUAAAGGUAGGAAAUGGAGAGUGAGGUGUUCUUUGACUUUUUCAUCUACAGAUUUUUUUAUGAUUGCAAGUCCCAGAAGCCCCUGCCCUAACCCUAAUGAAGGAGUUUUAUAAAUAUACCUGCUGUUCUUGUGUGCCUAUGCACACAGAAACAGUAAAUGCAAUAAAACCAUUGUCAGUCUUUAAACAUGAAAUAAACUACUGGGGUGCUGAGUUUCUAAA